CCUGUCCUCGUGUGUGCGUUGAGUUUUUCCACCUGCAUGCAGCCGCUGAGGACGGAGUCCAGAGCAGACGGCGCCGGGCACACUCCGUUUGCAUUUAGCAGCUCAGACUCGCCUUUCGUCUCAUUUCGCGGCCGAGCUCCGAGGCAAGCAUGGGUUACAGGACGGUGGUGAUGUACAUGGAGAUCGGCUGCUUCGUGGUCUGCGUGUCUGGAUGGAUCCUCGUCUGCUCCACGAUGCCCACAGAGAUCUGGACGUGGUCCGAAGUGGACAGCAUAGUCCUGACGACGUCAAACUACUUCUCCAACCUGUGGAAAGACUGUAUAUCUGAUUCAACCGGUGUCUCUGACUGCAAGGGGAUUCCAUCAAUGCUUGCGCUGAACUGGGACAUUCACAUGUGCCGGGCUCUCAUCAUCAUCUGUAUCAUCCUUUCUUUCUUCGGAUCAAUUUUGGUCUUAGUGGGAAUGAAGUGCACUAAGAUUGGGGGGUCUGAGAUUGCUAAUGCAAGAGUGACCUUUGCUGGAGGGAUGAACUACCUCAUAGGAGGCAUGUGUGCUAUGGUUGCUUUCUCCUAUUACGGAAACAAAAUCAGAGCUGAAUUUCAAGACCCCAACUUCAGAGCUCAGAAGUUUGAAAUAGGCGUUGGCGUCUUUGUCGGCUGGGGGGGCUCCACCUUACUGGUGGUUGGAGGCCUUAUUUACAGUAUCUUUGCAGGGAGGGAAGGAUUCCACUCAAGCUCAAAGAAGUACUAUCCCCGCCGGCUCCCCGAUGCCUACACGGCUGUUUCAGCAAAAAAGAGCGUUGUGUCUUUGGCUCGCACAGAGACCAACAAGAGCAGAAUAUCGAGGAUCACCAGCGGCAGCCGGGCCAGCGGCAUCUCUGUAAUCACCAACACCACCAGGACGACAGCUUCUAAAGGAUACGUGUGAAUCAUCUUCAAAGCUGGAAAGGAGUUUUUUUUCCUGUGUUUGAGCGAUUUUAGUGUCAUCAGGUCCAUACUGGAGUUUUAAUACUUGCCUCUGCAAAAGACUUUCUGACUUGCUGUGGCAUGAGUUACAGUGCUUAUCCAUAUAAUAUAUAUAUCAUUUAUCAAUAUCAUGCAAAGUAUAAUUCACAGAAAUUCUACUACUUCAAACUACUUCUGAGAGCUGAGUGCCACAAGUUGAAAUGUCCUUGUAAUGUGCCUUUUUUCAAAUGUAUGUGAAGGCUUUUGUGUAUUUUUUGUCUUUGCUGUAUAGAAAUUAAAAUACAUUAUUUACAAAUUAUGACAAGAAUGUAUAUGAUUUGUCCAUCAAAUCAGAUUUAUUAAUCGUGUGCGACAGCAGUUGAGCAUAGAUUGUGCAAAAACAAUAUGAUGGGAACUAAUGCAUGAACUAACUUUUAGGUGAGAAUGUACUAUCAAUCCUUAAGAAUGUCAGUGUUUUGUGCUGUCAGAAAAUGUGUCCAGUUACCCGGAGGCCAGUAACUUCGUGUACUGAAACUUAACAGCCUGUUCUUGUCACUGAGACCAAGGAGGCCUCUUCCUUUCACAAUGCUGCUGAAUUGUCUGUGAAUGUUCAACUUAUUAAAAAAAGCUGGGUUCUUUUUUUUCUACCCAAAUGCUGGGUUGCAUCUUUACUGUUCUCUUUUUCUGGGUUAUUUUGAAUUCAGCAACCUAGCUGCUGGGUUAAACAUCUGCUUCGGACCUAGUGACAGCUGAUACAUGAAAAUAUGGGGAAACACAAUGUGGAAAAAUAUGUUGAAACACAACGUUGUCCUGAGCUGAGCUGUACAGCCUGAUAGUUGAGCUGACAAAGGCUGCUAGCUAGCAAAAGAAAAACGUCCGUCUAUUAAAGAAACUGUUAAAAUGUUUGAGCAUUAUAGUUUAUUGAAAGUAAUAGGCAGGAUGUAUGGUAUGUUAUCAUGAAAGCAGUGCUGGUUGGUUUUAACCUUAAGUCACAAUGGGAUUUAUUUAUUUAUUAGAUUACUACAUUUAUGCUUUAGUUACUGAGAUGGUUGUGAGUAAUAGUGUAGUGUUGCUAUUGAUUAACUUUAUUUAUACCUGCCUUUGUGUUUUAGAAAAAUAAACUUUUUUUUUUUAAUCCGA